AUGGACGCCGGCGAAAAGCACGGCCACGAGCCGUCCACUCCCACCUUGGCUGCCGAAACAGUCCCGAAGCCCGUCGACGAUGCCGAAACUGUGACACCAAAGACGACCCGUGAUUCCAUGGUUACCGUGAGGCUCUCUGAGCCGCCGGCGCUGUCGCUGGACACCAACAAUUGUCUCGAAAGCAAACAGCCCGACUCACCCACGCUGCCAACGGACAGUAACACGAACAGUAACACGAACAGUGACAAUAAGCCAACCGACGAGGGUGGCCUCGAUGCGACAACCGCCUCUCGAAACUCGACCGCUACUUUGGCUGCCCCGGCAGAGCCUAACCGCAGCCUUCAGGACGAGCUUGGAGAAUUUGACGAUGUCGAUAGCGAUUGUUCAGAUCCAGAGGAGGUUAACUGGGCGGAACUGGAAAAGACGGAAGAUGAACAGACCAAAGACGAAGAGACUGAUAAUUCCACCGCUUUGCUUCUGGCCCGUUUAGAGCAGGAAAAUGCCAAGCUGGCGACAAAUCCAAAGACCGUCAAGGUCCAGCUUGUUGAGAAGCUUCAGCCUAGUAGACCGCGCCCGCCGUCGAUGGCUAAGCUCCAUCUUGAAUUCUACGCAGCCCUCGUCAAGGACUACCAGCAAACCGCAGCGAGGUUGCCCACGCUGCUGUCCAACAAGAUCCGCAAAGGAAUCCCCCCACCGCUGCGAGGCGUUGUGUGGCAGAGCAUGUCUGGUGCUCGCGACGCCAGCUUGGAGGAACAGUACGAGCGACUCAAUGGCGAAUCUAGCCCUUAUGAGGGUCUCAUAGGCAAGGAUCUCGGCCGGAGUUUCCCUGGUGUUGAAAUGUUUCGCGACCCGGAUGGUGAUGGACAGCGCAUGCUUGGUCGGGUACUCAAGACGUUCAGUCUGUAUGAUACCAAGAUUGGCUACUGCCAGGGCCUCGCCUUUCUCGUCGGGCCUCUGUUGAUGCACAUGCCCGACAAGCAGGCAUUUUGCGUUCUGGUUCGUCUCAUGGAUCGCUAUGAUUUGAGGAGUUGCUUUCUGCCAGAUCUUUCGGGACUCCAUGUGCGAAUAUACCAGUUCCGAGAACUCCUGCGGGCUAAUCUCCCUAUGCUGUGGAGCCACCUGGAAGAUCUGCAGGUGGAAACGGCGUAUGUUUCGCAGUGGUUCUUGAGUUUCUUCGCGACCACAUGCCCCUUGCCGAUGCUGUUCCGGAUAUACGACGUUAUUUUCGCCGAGGGCGCUUCUGAGACACUAAUGCGCGUCGCGCUAUCACUGAUGCGGAGGAAUGAGACCAGGUUGCUGUCCUGCACCGAACUAGAAGACGUGAUGCAGCUCCUUUUAUCCAGGGGUCUGUGGGACUGCUAUCAUUACAACGCCGACGAGUUUGUGCAAGAUUUCGGAAGCCUUACAAGCACAGUCACCCGAGAGAAGCUCGCCCAGCUCGAGCAGGGAUACCGCGAAUCUCUAGUCGCGACCGCCAACACCGCUCGCACAUCUGACAUCGCAACAGCUGCAGCCCGCUUCCUUGGUCGUAUCUGGGCGUCGUCUGGUGCGUUUCCCAGAGGUUCAGGAUUGGUUCCAGGAUUGAGUGCACCAUCAAGGCCGCUGAGCAUGUUGCGUCGGAGCACCUCCAAACAGAGCCUUGCCUCGACUCUAAACUCAGUUGAGGCAAGCUCCAUGAGCGUCACGAGUUCAUCCUCGACGGAUGCUACCACCGUGUCGCGAGAUUCUUCAAACACGAAUGAGGAUGAUUCCGGAAGCCGUGAAUCGACCCCAGUAGGCCCCAAGGCCGCUCCUAGCACCAACAAGAACACAGAAGAUAGGUAUCUGCAUAGCCAGAUUGAAGACCUCCUCACUGCACUGAGCGAGCUGCAGCGGAAUCAUGCACUGUUGUCGAGCGAGCUUAAGCGUGAGCGAGAGGAGAGGGAGGAGGAUCGCAAGGCUGUGCGAUCCCUUUUGGAUGGACUCAAGAAGAGAGCCAGCGGUGGGGAUGAAGCAGCAGCAAGUGAAGGCGAGGAUGUAACUGACAGCUCGACCGAUGAAGAUGCGACUGAAAAUGCUGAAGAAGGGGAAGGGGAAGUGGAAGAGGGGGCAGAGAAGAAGUCUGAUGAUGACAGCUCGGCCAAGGCAAAGGAUGCGCCAUCCACCGAGGACCUUUCAGAGCUGCUCGAUCGCGUGGAGAGCCGCUUUGGAAAUGCAGAUGAUACCGACGACACUAAAAAGAAGGACAAGCCUCAGUCGCCCUCAUCUGGACAGAAGUCGGAAUUGCAAGUCGAAUUAGAUCAAGCCAAAGACCAGCUAGCCAGCGCCAUGUCACAGAAUCAGGACUUUAGCCGACGGAUCCACGAUUUGGACCAGGAAAUGUCGUCUCUCAAAGAACAGGUUCGGGAAAGCCAUAGCCAUGUCAGAGCUCUCCACCAAGACAAACAGCGGCUAGAAAAGCAAAUACAAGCUAUGAGGUCGAGGCCGAUAUCCGGGGAUCCCCUUGGCGGCCGCGAUUCGGGAGCGGAGUGGACUCCGAAGCCGCCCGCCGGCUUGAGGGAGUUUAAGCUUGGGCGUAGCAAGUCAAUGGCUGCUCAGGGCGCUACGACUAACAGACGAAAGUCGUCAUUGCUGCAGAGUAACGAUCUUGUCCCGCCGCCGCCAGCGUCGAUGCCAGCGACCCCAAUGGUGUCAAAUGAUGACAGCAGGUCAUCGACAAACGACCUCGACACGCUGCUCCUAGAUCUUGUACAGGCCAAGACGGCGCAGGCCAUUGCGAAGCAGGAGGCGGAGGAAGCCAAACAGAAGUUGGAGGCGCUGAAAAAGGCCUACGGAUUACCAAACGAUUCUCCUAACGCUCCUAUUGUCCCGGGAUCCGUCACUGUCAAAGUGGCGCCAGCCCCAGCUACGACAACAUCUCCCGGCACCGGUGGCUUCUGGGGUUGGCGCAGGUGA